AUGAUGACGGAAUUUGUAACACGAGAUCUGCCCACCUCUCCGCUCUAUGGACUUGUUUCGGAGCAUCUCUCUGUUGCGGAACGCAUCGAUCUGUCUCACAAACGUGCAACAGCCGUGGGCAUACGGUAUGCACUCUCACCCGAAGAUGUCCUCAGACCUUCAAAGAAAUUUUGGGACAUGUAUAUGGACCCCAUAGUCACGCUCGACGGCGGUGCAGUCGCUCUCUUUUGCAUACAAUUAAACCUCGCAGCCGGGACUCUUGCGCCCUUCACGCAGAAAAGGCCCGAUCUUCUCCCUCUUCUGAAUGACAUGCUUGAGUUCCGAGUUUCAGCACAGUUUUUGUUGACCGAGGUUGCACACGGCCUGGAUGCCUUCAAUCUAGAGACGACGGCGACUAUGAAGGAUGACGGGAGCUUCGAUUUACAUACUCCCAAUGAAGGUGCUGCGAAAUACAUGCCUCCUACACUUCCAUUCGGUGGCGUCCCGCGCGUAGGCCUUGUCAUGGCUAGACUGAUAGUCGGUGGAAUCGACAAAGGGGUUCGUCCUUUUGUAGUCGCACUGAACGAUGGGAAAGAAAUGUGCACAGGGAUAAUGGCUCGAGAGCUUCCGACCAGGAGCGGUUCCAAAGCCAUCGGCCAUGCACUCACAUACUUUGAUCAUGUUAUACUUCCGCCCUCAGCACUCCUUGGGGAAAUAGACCUGAAGGAACAUCCUCGAAAUUUCUUCCUCAAGACCCUCUGGAGAGUGAGCAUAGGCUCACUCAGUCUCUCUGCGACGGUGGUGCCCGGACUGAAAAUCGCAGCAUUCAUCGCGGCCAAGUACAGCGCUGGACGAUGCGUCGCCGGACCUACCGGGAGUCCCAUCUCACUCAUCUCGUUCAGGACACAGCAGCUGCCCAUUUUGCAUUCUCUGGCCCAAGGCUUUGCGCUUGAGGCCCUCUACAGGCGUGCGACGGCCUGGGUCUCUGCGAUGACACCAGUUGAAGAUAUCAACCUCCGAAAUGCUAUAUGCGCUAUAGUGAAGGCGACGAUGAUAGGACACUGGCGGAGGACAGGGGUGACUGUCGCGGAUCGCUGCGGCGCACAGGGUACAUUUGACUACAACCAGCUCAUGCCCAUGGAGAUGGAACUUCGCGGUGUUGCCAUCUCCGAGGGCGACGUACUCGUCCUAUGUCUUCGACUGGCUCCCGAACUCCUCCUGGGCCGGUACACUGUCCCGCCAAGCCAGGAUAAGAACUCCCGGCUCGCCAUCCACGAGCAGCGAUUAUUUGACGAGAUGAAAGCGAUUUUGGUGGACGCGCGGGGAAAGCACCGCGGGGCGCUUGCGAACGAGCUCCUUCUCCCACGCUGCCUGCCACUCGUCGAAGCCAUCGGGCACCGCAUGGCAUUCGAGGCCGCGAAAGACGCGGCUGUUCCUGCACCGCUCGUGCGCCUCUACGAGCUCGGCGUCGUCGGUGCGGACCUCGCGGCCUACGUCGAGUACGGCCUCACCAGUAGGCGCGCGUUCGCGGAGGAGGAGGCGCGUGCGUUAUCCGAAGUGUACCGUGACCUCGACAGCUACCUGCAGGCGUCUGGUGUCGAGCGGUACGCUGUAGGGGCGAUCGCAUCACAGAAGGCGUGGGACGCGUUCGUUAAGUCUCUAGACAUCUACAGCGGUAACUCUUCGUAUACGCCUUUCGCCGAAACCAGAGCCCGUCUGUGA